UAUGUUUGACAACUUGACUCACACAAAAAGGAGACUCGGCUUUUAGUAGCCUUUUGUACACAACUUAAAUACAAUAUCAAUAACAAUCAUCUCAAAAGACAGACUUUCAAAUGUGAUUAAUGUGUCAUUGUCAAGAUCUCAUAAGUCGAUAUAAUAUAUCGAUAUAAUAUAAGACAAAAACCCAUGACUUGAUCUUGUUCAUCAAUAAUAAGACUGAAAUCCCAGUAUAUAGUAUACCUUAACAAGUUCAGAAUGUGCACUAACAAACGACUAGUUUUUUGUUAAAUGUUCAUGUGAUUUUAUUUUUAAGUAAACGAUAAAUGGAUUUAAAUGUGAAUUAAUUCUAAUUGAUCAUUAAAGAACAAUGACUUCAUUCAUAUUCAUUUUUGCGAGCAUACUGUAUUUCAUUACUUUGAAUGCAGUAGCUAAUCGCAUUCAAGGCACUCAUCCUGGUCAUGUUUAUUUUGAACAACCUUGUUGUGGACAUUCUCAUUUACGUCAUCAUAAAGAUCAUGUUCGAGAAUUUACUUGUGGACCACUAUUCUAUAGGACAGUCUAUUUAGACAGCAAUAAUGACUUUUUAUACGUUGGAGCUAUGGACAAAAUAUUCCGUCUCAAUUUGAGUAAUAUCAGCCACUCUAGUUGCGAGAAAGAUGUGCUCAAUUUGGAGCCAACAAAUGUUCCAAACUGUGUUUCAAAAGGAAAGUCAGAGCACUUUGAUUGUAGAAAUCAUAUCAGAGUUAUUCAACCUAUGAAUGGCAAUCGACUUUACAUAUGUGGUACAAAUGCACAUUCUCCAAAAGAUUGGGUCAUCAAUAAUAAUUUAACUCAUUUAUCUCGUCAUGAAUUUGUUCCUGGUGUGGGGAUGGGUAUAGCAAAAUGCCCUUAUGAUCCUGCUGAUAAUUCAACAGCUGUUUGGGUUGAAAAUGGAAAUCCUGGCGACUUACCGGCUUUGUACUCAGGAACAAAUGCCGAAUUUACUAAGGCAGAUACAGUUAUAUUCAGGACAGACCUUUAUAAUUUUACAACUGGUCGAAAGCAGUAUAAUUUUAAAAGGACUCUCAAAUAUGAUUCUAAAUGGUUGGAUAAACCUAAUUUUGUCGGCGCCUUUGAUGUUGACGAGCACGUUUUCUUUUUCUUCCGCGAAACUGCUGUUGAAUAUAUUAACUGUGGUAAAAGUAUUUAUUCUCGAGUGGCAAGAGUGUGCAAAAAAGAUACUGGUGGGAAAAAUAUACUUUCCCAAAAUUGGGCUACAUACUUGAAAACAAGACUUAAUUGCUCUAUACCAGGAGAAUUUCCGUUCUAUUUCAAUGAAAUUCAGAGUGUUUAUAAAAUACCUGACGAUGAUACACGAUUUUACGCUGUUUUUACUACAUCAAGAAAUGGAUUAAUGGGUUCAGCCAUUUGUUCAUUCCACAUUGAUGCGAUUCAAGAAUCGUUCCGUGGAAAAUUCAAAGAACAAGCAACUAGUAGUAGCGCAUGGCUCCCAGUAUUAUCUAAUAAAGUUCCAGAACCAAGACCAGGUCAAUGUGUAAAUGACACUGAAACACUGCCAGAUACAGUACUUAAUUUUAUACGAUCUCAUCCCUUAAUGGAUUCAGCUGUAACACAUGAGAAUGAGAAACCCGUGUUUUAUAAACGCGAUCUACUUUUAACGCAACUUGUGGUGGACAGGGUCAAAGUUACUUAUUCUGGAGUCGAGUCAGACUUUACAAUUUACUACGCAGGCUCAACUAAAGGACGGGUGUAUAAAAUUGUUCAAUGGAUAGAUGCUGAUAAUAAGGCACAGUCAACUUUGAUUGAUAUAUUUGAUAUAACGCCAGACGAGUCUAUUAGAGCAAUGACUAUAUCUCAAAAACACAAAGCUCUUUAUAUCACAACGGAUUACAGAAUUAAACAAAUCGAUCUCGUAAUGUGUUCUCGUCGUUACGAUAACUGUUUGAGAUGUGUCCGUGACCCGUAUUGUGGCUGGGACAAAGAUAACAAUGUGUGCAAACCUUACAAUGUUGGCUAUCUUCAAGAUGUUUCGAAUCAUACUUCUAGCAUUUGUGACAAUAGUAUUGGUAAACGAAAAUUAGCUGUUACAUGGGGUCAAUCAGUUUAUUUGGCUUGUUUCGUUAAAAUCCCUGAAGUUCUUGAAAAUCAAAUGGUCCAAUGGUUUCACUACAACAAAGAAAAGGGUCGAUAUCAGUUGAAUCAAAUUCAUGGUUUGACGAAUGAAAAGUUUAUCGAAACAUCAGAUAAAGGCCUAGUCAUUUUAAGUAUUGAUGAGCAAGAUGCCGGAAGAUAUGAUUGCUGGCUCGGAGGAUCUUUACUUUGUUCCUACAAUGUUACAGUCGAUGCUCAUAGAUGUUCAUCUCCAUCUAAACCAAACGACUAUCAAAAAGUGUAUUCUGAUUGGUGCCAUGAAUUUGAAAAAUACAAGUCAGCAAUGAAAACCUGGGAAAAGAAUCACGUCCAAUGCACAACUUCAAAAAAAAAUACUAGCUUUCAAAAUCUACAAACAAACGAAAUUUACGGAAGUAUUCCAGUAUAAUGUGUAACAGUACAAUUGUGUACAACAACGAUUAGUUCUUAGUGAUUAAAAAAACAUGAUGUCAAAUAAAUGCAAAAGGAACGUCA